UCAUUCUAACUGACAGCUUGGAAAUGACGCAGUAUGAUAUCCAGGACAAUUGCGAACAAGUCUGGGAAAGCAUGGAAUCUAACAAUGAGUUUGAGAAACAGAAAUCACUCAUGGAGUCAAAGAAAACAAUUGAGGAGUUAUCAUUCGUGCAACAAAAUAACAUGAAAAACAUCCUUUCGAAAGGAGUACGCUAUCUGUCCGGUGAUAUGAGAGAAUUUGGCAACUGGAUCAAAGAGCAGAACAUUACCUUUCAAUUUAUCGACUGGGUCUUGCGUGGUUCCGCUCAGGUGAUGUUUGUCAACAACCCUCUGAGUGGGCUUGUUAUUUUAAUUGGACUGGUUGUGCAGAAUCCAUGGUGGGCACUGAAUGGCUUCCUGGGUACAGUGUUUGCCACUUUGGCAGCACUUUUGCUUAAUCAUGACAGGUCUAUGAUUGCAGCCGGGCUUUCUGGCUAUAAUGGCAUCUUGGUCGGUCUCUUAUUGGCUGUGUUUUGUGACAAAGGAGAUUGGUAUUGGUGGUUGUUGCUGGCUGUGAUCCUGAUGUCAAUGUUUUGCCCUAUUAUUUCAAGUGCCUUGGCUGCGGUCUUGGGGAAAUGGGAUCUACCGGUUUUCACGUUGCCUUUUAACUUAAGUGUUGGUUUGUUCAUGGCUGCUACGGGGCACUACAAUCAUCAUUUUCCUCAGAUUCUUAUUGAACCUGUAACUACAUCGUACAAUAUCACAUGGCCUGAUCUCAGUAUUCCAAUGCUCUUGAGGUCUAUCCCUGUGGGAGUUGGACAGGUGUAUGGCUGUGAUAAUCCAUGGACUGGUGGCAUUUUCUUUGCUGCAUUAUUUAUCUCAUCUCCAAUCAUAUGUCUGCAUGCUGUAAUUGGAUCCUGUGUGGGUACUUUGGCAGGGUUGUCUUUGGCCUCGCCAUUUCAGAAAAUCUAUAAUGGAUUAUGGAGUUAUAACUCUGUCCUUGCCUGCAUUGCUGUGGGUGGAAUGUUUUAUGCCUUAACAUGGCAGACUCACAUAUUGGCAAUAAUAUGCUCAAUUUUCUGUGCUUACUUAGGAGAAGCACUCAUGAAUAUAAUGUCUGUGUUUGGAUUACCUGCGUGCACAUGGCCCUUCUGCCUUUCAACAAUUAUGUUUCUCCUGAUGACUAGUAACCGCAAAGCCAUCUAUAAAUUAGCAUUGCAUGAAGUAACAUACCCUGAGAAGAACAGAAAGAUUUACCUGGAAAUGAAGAAAAUUGAACAAAUUUUUCCAAUCGAGUUGUGUAGUGGCUCUCCCCUUUAUCCAUCACCUCAAUCAAGAAGCAAUUAUCAAGUUGCUGAAGAAGAGCAGUUCGCUGGAUCAUACCACAAAAGAGUUCCACGUGUGACAAAUGUAGAUUUCAAGAUCCAUGAGGUAGAGGAAAUACUCAAAGAAGCCAAGAAUUAAAGUCCAUAAACUAAAUCAAAAGAUAGAAUAGAUAAAGUGAAGUAGAUAACAAUAUCUGAGUCACUUGUAGUUCGUUUG